GGAGAAGUAAAAGUAAACGUCGGAAAAACCUGUUUCUGGGAUCUCGGUUUUACUUGCGGCAGGUUAUUACAGGGCGAAAUGUGUUCAAAGAAUCUGCCGCAGGGUAUGCUGGGAAUUGUAGUCUAGCUUGGUGUGUCAGUUUCCCGGGCGGAACUGGGGGAAGGGAGGUGGGGACGCUGCGUCUCCCCACAGGGCACGCAGUAGCCCCGUGGCGAGCUUCCUGCUGGACCGCGAACUGAGGAAGGAACCGCGGGUGGCCUUCCUCUGCCCGGCUUCCCUGCGGUCGUGGCGUCCUCUCGGGAGUGAGAGAAGGCACCGCCCCUCCCUGAUGGAGUAGUUGGGAAGAUGUAUGCGGCUCCUACCAUAGGCGGAUGGGAUAAUCCUGUUAAAAGUAGAGAAGCUGGAGCUUAGCAGCAGAAAUGGAUGAGCAAGCUCUUCUGGGAUUAAACCCAAAUGCUGACAUAGACUUCAGGCAACGAGCAUUGGCUUAUUUUGAACAGCUGAAGAUAUCUCCAGAUGCUUGGCAGGUGUGUGCCGAAGCUUUAGCCCAAAGAAUCUACAGUGAUGAUCACAUCAAGUUCUUCUGCUUUCAAGUUCUGGAACAUCAAAUUAAAUACAAGUAUUCCCAGUUGACUGAAGUACAGCAUCAGCUAAUUAGGGAAACGCUCAUAACAUGGCUACAAGCACAGAUGGUGAAUUCUCAACCGGAGAAAACGUUUAUACGAAACAAAGCCGCACAAGUGUUUGCUUUGCUCUUUGUUACUGAAUAUCUCACAAAAUGGCACAAGUUUUUCUUUGAUAUUCUGGCUGUGGUAGGCCUCAAUCCCCGAGGUGUGGACUUGUAUCUCAGAAUCCUUAUGGCAGUUGAUGCUGAACUGGUAGACAGGGAUGUUGUUCAUACAUCAGAUGAGGCUCGUAGAAAUACCUUAUUAAAAGAUACUAUGAGGGAACAAUGCAUUCCAAGUUUGGUGGAAUCAUGGUACCAAAUCUUACAAAUGUAUCAGUACACAAAUUCAGAGUUGACAUGUCAGUGCCUUGAAGUAGUUGGAGCAUAUGUCUCUUGGAUAGAUUUGAGCCUAAUCGCCAAUGAAAGGUUUAUAAACAUGCUGCUAGGUCACAUGUCCAUAGAAGUUCUACGGGAGGAAGCAUGUGACUGCUUGUUUGAAAUUGUAAAUAAAGGAAUGGAUCCAAUCGAUAAAACAAAGUUGGUAGAGACUUUGUGUCAAGUGUUACAAUCGGCUGGCCUCUUCAGUGUUGACCAGGAAGAAGAUGUGGACUUCCUUGCCAGGUUCUCUAAACUGAUCAAUGGAAUGGGACAGGCAUUGAUAGCUAGUUGGACUAAACUCAUUAAGACUGGAGAUAUGAAGAAUGCCCAAGAUACCCUGCAAGCUAUUGAAGCAAAAGCGGCCCUGAUGUUGCAACUUCUGAUUCAUGAAGAUGAUGAUAUAUCUUCUAAUAUUAUUGGGUUUUGUUACGAUUAUCUGCAUAUACUGAAGCAGCUUCCUAUGAUUUCAGAACAGCAAAAAGCUAGUGUAGAGGCAAUUAUGUUGGCUGUUAUGAAGAAACUAACAUAUGAUGAAGAAUACAACUUUGAAAAUGAGGGUGAAGACGAAGCAAUGUUUGUAGAAUAUCGGAAACAACUAAAACUGCUGUUGGACAGGCUUGCGCAGGUUUCACCUGAAUUACUAUUGGUUUCUGUACGCAGAGUUUUUAACACUACAUUGCAGAAUUGGCAAACUAAGCCUUUUAUGGAAGUAGAAGUAGCAAUAAGGCUGCUGUAUAUGUUGGCUGAGGCUCUUCCAGUAUCUCACGGUGCUCACUUUUCAGGGGAUACAAAAGCUAGUGCUCUGCAGGAUAUGAUGCGGACUUUGGUUACGUCGGGUAUUAGCACCUAUCAGCAUACAUCGGUAACUCUGGAAUUCUUUGAGACGGUGGUCAGAUAUGAAAAAUUUUUCUCCAUUGAACCUCAGCACAUUCCAAACAUUUUAGUGGCCUUCUUGGAUCACAGAGGUCUUCGCCAUACUAAUCCAAAAGUACGAAGCAGAGUGGCUUACCUUUUCUCCAGAUUUGUCAAAACUCUGAGUAAACAAAUGAACCCCUUUAUUGAAGAUGUACUGAACAGGAUACAAGAUCUCCUAGAACUUUCUCCACCGGAAAAUGGCUACCAGGCUUUAUUAAGCAGUGAUGACCAACUCUUCAUUUAUGAGACUGCUGGAGUACUAAUAGUGAACAGUGACUACUCUGCAGAACGGAAGCAGGCUUUAAUGAGAAAUCUUUUGGCUCCUCUAAUGGAGAAGUUUAAAGUGCUGUUAGGAAAACUUAUGAUGGCACAAGAUGAGGAUAGACAAAUGGCAUUAGCUGAUUGUCUGAAUCAUGCUGUUGGCUUUGCAAGCCGUACCAGCAAAGCUUUCAGCAACAAGCAGACAGUAAAACAAUGUGGCUGCUCUGAAGUGUAUCUGGACUGCUUACAAACAUUUCUCCCAGCUCUCAGCUGCCCCUUGCAGAAGGAAGUUCUUAGAAGUGGUGUCCGCACCUUUCUUCACCGAAUGAUUAUUUGCUUGGAGGAAGAAGUUCUCCCAUUCAUCCCUUCAGCCUCUGAACAUAUGCUCAAGGAUUGUGAAGCAAAAGACCUUCAAGAAUUCAUCCCUCUCAUAAACCAAAUCACAGCUAAAUUCAAGACCCACGUCUCCCCGUUUUUGCAACAAAUGUUUAUGCCUCUGCUGCGUGCUAUUUUUGAAGUCCUGCACAGCCCAGCUGAAGAAAAUGACCAAUCUGCUGCUUUAGAAAAACAGAUGUUACGAAGAAGUUACUUCGCCUUUUUGCAAACGGUCACUGGCAGUGGAAUGAGUGAAGUCAUAGCCAAUCAGGGAGCAGAAAAUGUAGAGCAUGUGUUGUUCACGAUCAUCCAAGGGGCAGUUGAUUACCCAGAUCCUAUUGCUCAGAAAACCUGCUUUAUUAUUCUUUCAAAACUGGUGGAACUCUGGGGAGGCAAAGAUGGACCUGUGGGUUUUGCUGACUUUGUCUACAAACACAUUGUUCCUGCAUGCUUUUUAGCACCACUGAAGCAAACCUUUGACUUAGCAGAUGCACAAACAGUAUUGGCUUUAUCGGAGUGUGCAGUGACAUUAAAAACAAUUCAUCUCAAAAGGGACCUUGAAUGUAUUCAGUAUCUCCAACAAGAAUAUCUGCCUUCACUGCAGGUGGCUCCUGAAAUAAUACAGGAGUUUUGUCAAGCACUUCAGCAGCCUGAUGCUAAAGUCUUUAAAAACUACUUAAAGGUAUUCUUUCAAAGAGCAAAGCCCUGAAAAGGUCUACUGAAACCUUUGCCCGUUUCCCCUAACCAGGAGCUCCAGAUUUUGAUUUAUAUGAAUGCAAACUACUGUGCCAUUCAGACUUUUUCUUUUGAAAGAUGUUGCUCUGUGCUUAAAUCAGUAUGUGUAUUAGCCUUUUUGUGUAAAAGUGCAAGUGAAAUGCCAUACAUUCUGUUGGUUGAUGCACAUAUGGGAUGUGGACAACACAAUUUGCCUGCAUGCCUGCUCAAAAACACUCUAUGUAGGAUAAUUGUAUGCUGUAAUUAGUGCAGCAAAAAAUGAAACAUACAUUUUUUAUUUUGAAAUUUAAAAAAAUGUAUAAAUUCCUUCCAAGUCCAUAGGAAUGGUUAUAAAUUGUGUACAUUUUUAAAUACUGAGUAAAAUAUUUGCAUAUUAGAAAUGAAAUUCAUUUGUUCAUGCACAGUGAUAUAAAAUAAAACAAUCAAACUCCAUUUUGUAGAUAGCUGUUUCACUGGAGGGAGUAUUAAUGCUGACGUGUAUGCUACAAAACAGUUAUUAAUGGAUCAGAUUUUUAAAAAUAGGAUCUGGUUCUACAUUUUUAUACAGAAAAAUAAAUUUUAUUCAAUGAAA